CAGUAACAGUACCUAGACUGACUSCGUUCAUUUCAAUACAMAAUCGAAGCUCYGUUUYAAACGAAAAAUAGCUGUUGACAAUGGCAGGUGUUCAAGAUUUCGACGUGGUAAUGAAUAAGGUAGAGGAUUAUACGAAGGCUUCGAGUAAAGUUGGAACAGACGUUAAAAGUCAGGCCGAACUUACUAAGCAAGCUUUUGUAGCUCAAAAAGAAUUCUUAAAAGGUGUUCCUGGUAAAGCCAAGCCAUCAGAGAAUGAAUUCAGUGCCCUGCUGAAACCGACUUCUGAUAAGAUAGCCGCAGUGCAGAAAUUCAAGGACCAACACCAGAGCAGUCCAUACUUUUCAGGAGUUAGUGAAGCGGCUACCGCUCUAGGAUGGGUUACAGUGCCUGCUGCUGCUGAUUACGUCAAACAAGUUAUAGAAUCAACAAAGUACUAUACUAACCGAAUAUUGAGGGAACCCGGUACUGGAGAAAAUCAGAAGAAAUGGGUCGAGGCUCUCAUUGCUGUCUUGAKUGAGCUGGAAACCUUUGUUAGAAAGCACCACAGCAAUGGAUUGACCUGGGGAAGAUGAUUCAGACAAAAUGCAUCAAGUUUGGAGUCACUAGAAGCACCUUCGUCUUUUGUAAAACAUUAUUGUAGAUGAAAAAAAAUAAAUCGUUUUUAAAUGAUAUUGUGAGAAUGAUAGCAACUAUUGUCAGGCUAAUCUUUAUUUCGGAGCCUUCUCUUUGUGAACAAGUACCCUGAUUUUUUUGGUAAGCAGCUUUGGAUACAACCUUUUUCGCGCUCUCUUUCUUGGUGUGUUGCUGUGUUUUAAGUCAAAGUAACCGACAAAGUGUAAAUGACCAAGAAAUCAUUGUAGAAAAAAACUAAGUGAUUUCGGUGAACUAAUAUCAGAAAGCAAGCGUUAAUUUCUGUUGCAGUAAAACUUAUACUACUCAUGAAAACAACAUUUUAAAAACUCAAUCUUUGUGUGUGUAAGCUUUUCUCUGCGUCUUGAUAAGAACAAGGCAAAAUCGCGAAAUAAGGUGUACCUUGGGGUGAAACAUAUAGUGCAGAAAAGUAAAAGUAUAGGAUUGAAUUUAAGUCUUUUAGUUUGACAUUAAUGUAAGAAUAAAAUAAGCAAGAGUUUUUCCUUGA